ACAUGGGUGGUUCAGAAUAUUCUGGAUACGAAGACUUCGAACGGGCAGUGAAAUUAAACCGUAUCAGUUUAGGAUUGAUGGGGCUAUGGCCUACAACUCGACAAAAUUCUCGAGAAAAGUUAAUGUGUAACUUACGCGUGCUCGUCAUAUUUCUUGUAAUAAUAACCAGCCUUCUCAUUCCCUCUGUAUAUUCAUUGAUAAUAACUCAUUCGGAUCUCAUGCAAGUGGUUGAUAACUUACAAUUUAUCGUGCCGACUGUCAAUAGCGUGAUAAAAAUCAUGAUCUUUUGGUGGAAGAAGAAAGCUAUUGCAACGAUAAUAAACAUGAUGAUAGAGGAUUGGCUAAGAUCUAAGAGCACGAAAGAGAGAAACGCAAUGGUGAGAAAUGCGGUAAUCGCGCGCGCAAUCAUCGCGUUCGCGUAUUGUCUUAUGGGAUUGGCAUACGUCUUUAUUAUCGUUCUGCCAAUUUUCGGAAUCUCCAUAAGGUGCCUGACAAAUAUUACCGAUGCAGGCAGAUCGAUGCCGAUACAGACUUAUUACAUAUACGACGUAACGAAAACCCCGCAAUACGAGUUGACAUAUAUCAUGAUUUCCAUUUCUGUCUUUUGUGCUAUGACGUGUUAUGCGGGAAUCGAUAAUUUCCUUGGAUUGGUUGUGUUUCACAUCUGCGGCCAAUUGGACUUCCUCAGGCAUCGUUUCCUUCGUAUGAACAAGUUUAUGAACUUUCAUACAAUUUUAAAAAGCUGCGUGAGGGAUCACAUGCGAUUGUUGAGAGCCAUUGCAGUUGUAGAAGAUAUAUAUAAUAUAAUAUUUCUCGCAUUAUUCUUAUGUUUUGGUCUUUUAUUCUCGUUCUAUGGAUUUCUUAUAAUUAACUUGCUUGCAAAAGAGAAUGAUGUAUCAAUCACCCGCUUGGUAUAUCUCAUAAGCAAUGUAAUUAAUAUAUUCGGUCAUAUGUGCCUUCAUUGUGCUAUCGGCGAGAUUCUAAUGGCCCAAUGUGAUAAAAUUUAUUACGCUGUGUACAGUCAAGAGUGGUAUAUUUUGGAAUCAAGCGAAGCGCGAGAUUUGAUCCCUGUAAUAAUUAAAAGCAGGAAACCGGUUUAUCUCACCGCGGGAAAAGUAUUUCCCAUAACAAUGGCUACAUUUUGCAGUUUAAUAAAGACAUCGGCUGGCUAUAUAUCUGUUCUACUUAGAAUGUCAGUUUAA